AACCGAGCUUGCCCAGAUGCUUUACCUGCCUUGCACCCUGCAAAUCAGCGCAUGUGCACUUCUCAAUCUUUCAACCAUGUCAAUCUAUCUUAGUUACUCAAUUGUUACUGCGGUAUCAAGCAAAAGCUUGCCAACACCUUUGAGCUCCAUGAAACAAGGUAUCAAUCACAAACAUAUAUAGUGGUCACUGGUGGCCGAUUUCUCUACGGAUUAAAAUUUCCGCUGCCGUUUCAGGAGCAUCUUCUCUUUACACCUUGCUGCUCAUAUUCCCUCAGAGCUUGCACCUCAAGUUUCGCACAUUUGCUCCUGCACUUCUCGGCUUAUAAACCGGCAGCUCCGGCCCACACCAGCUCGAUCGCAGGAAUCUCAUUCUCCACCCGCACCAAGCAAAGCUCACGGUAGCGACCUGUCUGUCAAGGUGGCGACAAUGGAGGGACCAAGAGCGGCGGAAAUGGUGGUGGCGGUGGUGUCGGUGAUCGUCCUGGUUCUGUGUUGUAGUGCGCAGGUGGCCGUCGCCGGAGGUUAUCAGGAUCAGGCGGCCGCGGGUGGGCCGGAUGCGAGCAUGCUGUGCGUCAGCAAGUGCGGGACGUGUCCAACCAUAUGCACGUCGUCGCCUCCGCCGUCACCUCCGGCGCCGUCGACAUCGACGCCAUCGACUCCCUCGCCGCUGACGUCGAUCCUCCCGCUGCCCACGCCCGCGCCCCCGCCGCCGUACCUGUCGCUAAUCCUCCCGCCACCGCCGUCGUCAUCAUCAACUGACGGGUACGACCAGUCCCCGCCGGCGACGGAGAAGUCCCCGCCCUCGCCACCUUCGCCGAAGAGCAGCGGCGGAUCGUCGUCGUCGUCUUCCUCUCCCUCCGCUCCGUCCUCGCACUUCUCGUCGCCGCCGUCCCCGCCAUCGUCGUCCAACACCAACCCGUACUACUACUUCUACCUCUCCGGCAGCACCAGGAGCCGCGGCGGAGGCGCCUCGACCGUCUACGCCGUCGCGAUCCUCGCGCUGCUCCUGCCCGCCGUCGCCUUUUGGAGGUGAUCAGGUGUUCGACUCUGCAUCGUCGUGGCCAUUCGGUGAACUCUGUAUGCUUGUUUAUAGUACUGCCACUUCUUCUUUUCGUCAGAUUCGGAAGCUAGCAACAAGUUGCUGUCUAGUACUAAUUCCUUGCUUCCUUGCUUGUGUAAUGGUGCCAUGUUUACUUGAUUAUUAAAAGUGGAUAUAGUGUUUGUGUGCCCAAAAUUAA